AUGACAGCUAAUCUGUCUGAUCCCUGUUACAACUACACUAUACUGGAUGAACCAUGGAGAGCCACCAAUAACACAAAUGCUACAGUCACAAAGUGUGACACCUCUGUCACCUGGAGCGGCUGGUAUCGUCUCUUCAUUAACGGUUUGAGCGCUCAGAUCCCAGACACCUGUGUUGUGAGGUAUAGCUGUGGCACUCAUAUCCCACUGAGGAUCCAUGGUGGACAUCCAUCACUGCAGGAUGGAGUCGUCACUCGAGAUGUCUGCGGUCACUGGGACAAUUACUGCUGCUAUUUCUGGUCUUUUCCCAUUAAAGUCAAAGCCUGUCCAGGCAAUUAUUAUGUCUAUGAGUUGGUUAGACCAACUAGAUGUGAUUCAGCAUAUUGUGCAGAUGUUGGCAGCAUUCACACCAGCUCUACAACUGUCACACCAGUGACCAUCUCAACUGUUUAUCCAUCUGUUGACCCCUGUUACAACUACACUAUACUGGAUGAACCAUGGAGAGCCACCAAUAACACAAAUGCUACAGUCACAAAGUGUGACACCUCUGUCACCUGGAGCGGCUGGUAUCGUCUCUUCAUUAACGGUCUGAGCGCUCAGAUCCCAGACACCUGUGUUGUGAGGUAUAGCUGUGGCACUCAUAUCCCACUGAGGAUUCAUGGUGGACAUCCAUCACUGCAGGAUGGAGUCGUCACUCGAGAUGUCUGCGGUCACUGGGACAAUUACUGCUGCUAUUUUGGGUCUUACCCCAUUAAAUUAAAAGCCUGCCCAGGCAAUUAUUAUGUCUAUGAGUUGGUUAGACCAACUAAAUGUGAUUCAGCAUAUUGUGCAGCUGUUACUAACAUCAUCAGCACUGAUACAACAGUCACACCAGAGACGAGCUCAGCUGAAUUGAACAGGUGUGUGAGUGUGUUUGAGUCUCUAGAUAAAGAUGAGGGUGAAAAGAGUGUGUGA